AUGUGUUUCUUUGUCGAGACCCACUACCCAGUGUGCAAACACACGUGUUUCGAGCUCCAUAUCUUCUGUCGGGAGGUUCUGCGACAACUGGACCGGAUCAAUGAUCCCGAACAGCGGGAGAUGUACGAUUUGCCAUUUGAUGAUUGUGCCGGCUGCGAGCCAUACACCGUCAUCGUCAGCCCGGCUGCCGUCUUCCCGAAUCCUGGCAUGAAUUAUGCCAGCACGGUGCUGGAAACUAACAUCAUGCGCCGGCUGGUGGAUAUGGAGGAGAGAUGCCCGAGCUGCAGAAUGAAUGGGCCGUGA